AAAUUCCUUUCUUGGAAUCAAAUAUAUCGUUGUAUAUUUGCAGUGCACUCCAAUUAUUCUCCCAAUUUGCAGUUAUCCUAUUUUUUACUCAAUACUCGAGUUUAUUUUGCGAGUGUACAUAAGAUAUAAAUACUCAUAAUGAUCAUUAUAUAAAUUAAAUGCAAACACUUGGCAUUUAAUUUUUUAUUUUUGCGGAUUUAUUUUCGGAGUAGAUUAUCAUUUGGAGUAUAUUAUAAAUAAAAAGGAUUAAUAGAAUAUAAAGAAAAAAUUAACUACAAAAAUAUAUACUUAUAAAUAUAUUCCAAUGACACCAACUCCGUACUAAACACUGAUUAUAUCUUUUGAAUGUUGUCAGAUGCAUUCUGAUUAUCGACGAACACAUUUAUAUCUUUCAGCCAAUGCUAUAAAAAUAGAUUCAAUUUCUUUAAUAUAAUUAUUGGAAUAUUUAAUUGAUAUAUAUAUAUAUAUAUAUACAUAAAUUUAAAUUAAAAAUAUCGUUAUUUAAUUCUAAUAAUAAUUCUACAUUAUCAGGAGUAAAGGAGUGCUCAAAAUUUAAACUCUAUCACGAUCAUUAUCUUGAAUAAAUAUGACUCAAUUUGAGUUGGAUCCUCAAUUUGUUCAAGGACUUAGACUCCUUCAUUCAAGCAAUAAAGAUUCAAUGGAUCAAUUAAGAACACUUUUAGAUGAAGCUAUUAAACAAAAAUAUGGUCUGUCCAAAAUGUUGUGCAACGUUUUACACAAGAAGUAUACCAUUGAAGAACCUGUUUUAAGUGAUCACAGUAGCUGCAGUAGCAAGAAAAGUAAAAGCUCUAGUUCAUCAUCGAAACACUCUGGCAAAUUCAGCAAGAGUGAUUCUAUUGAAGAAAUAGCUCCUCGAGAUACACCACCAGAUUUAUUACAAAGUGAUGACCCAUUAGCUGAAAUAUUGGAGGACGAUCUUACAUGUGUGGUUUGUAAGGGUAUGGAUGUUGGGGCGAGAAAUAGGCUUGUUGAAUGUGCUGAUUGUCAUGCUCUAUAUCACCAAGAAUGUCAUAGCCCUCCAAUCCAGGAUUCUCAGAUUGAUAUCCCAAAACACAUUUGGUAUUGUUCCAACUGCAUAAAAAUAUAUCAGCCGCCUAAAGAAAAAGGUUCACCAAAACCUUCAUCAGAAAGUAAAAAAGAGUCCAAAAAAAGUACAAAUUCAAAACAUUCAGACAAAUAUAAAAGUUCUUCUAGUAGUGAGAUAUCCUCAUCAUCGUCUGCUCCAAAAAUUGUACCUAAUAUUAAUAUAAUUGAUAAAAGAUAUAAAGACAUAUCAAAAAAAUCUAAAUCAGAUAAACGGAGCAGUUCUUCAGGAAAACAUUCAUCUAGUCCAUCUACUAUAUCAUCCAAAUAAAUUAAUAAAUUUUCCAUUUAAUAUUCUGAAUAUUUUAUAAAAAUUCAUAUUAUUUUAAUUAAUAUGUGUAUAAUAAUUAAAUAAUUUUUCAUAA